GGCGGCCGCCAGGCGGGAUGCUCUGGGCGCUGGUCCUGUCGGCCCUCUGGGCCGCCUGUGGAGCUCAGGCCGGUGACCAGGACGAGGACACGGCCUUCGACCUUUUCAGCAUAAGCAACAUCAACCGCAAGACCAUCGGGGCCAAGCAGUUCCGGGGGCCCGACCCCGGCGUGCCGGCCUACCGCUUCGUGCGGUUCGACUACAUCCCGCCGGUGAGCGCGGACCAGCUGGGCCGGAUUGCCCGGCUCAUGCGGCAGAGGGAGGGCUUCUUCCUGACGGCCAGCCUGCGGCAGGACCGCAAGUCGCUGGCUCUCGAGGGCCCCGGCGCGCACAGGCAGUUCGAGCUGGUCUCCAACGGCCCGGCCGACACGCUGGACCUCACUUACUGGGUGGACGGCGCCCAGCACGUGCUGUCCCUGGAGGACGUGGGCCUGGCCGACGCCCAGUGGAAGAACGUCACCGUGCAGGUGGCGAGCGAGACGUUCAGCCUGUACGUGGGCUGCGCCCUGAUCGACAGCUUCACGCUGGACGAGCCCUUCUACGAGCAGCUGACGACGGACAAGAGCAGGAUGUACGUGGCCAAAGGCUCCGCCCGGGAGAGCCACUUCCGGGGGUUGCUGCAGAAUGUCUACUUAGUGUUUGAAGAUUCGGUGGAAGACGUUCUCAGAAGGAAAGGCUGUCCACAAAGCCAGGGAGCGGAGGCCAACGCCAUCAGUGAGAACACGGAGACGCUGCACCUGAGCCCGGCGGUCACCACGGCGUACGUGGGCCCGAGCGCGGCCCAGAGGCCGGGCGUGUGCGAGCGCUCCUGUGAGGAGCUGGGCAGCAUGGCCAGCGAGCUGUCGGGGCUGCGCGUCGUCGUCAACCAGCUGCACGAGAGCCUCCGGAAAGUGUCCAACGACAACCAGUUCCUCUGGGAGCUCAUUGGGGGCCCCCCGAAGACCAGGAACAUGUCCGCGUGCUGGCAGGACGGCCGGUUCUUCGCGGAAAACGAGACCUGGGUGGUGGACAGCUGCACCAAAUGCACCUGCAAGAAAUUUAAAACCGUCUGCCACCAAAUCUCCUGCCCGCCGGUGACCUGCGCGAACCCGUCGCUGCUGGAGGGCGACUGCUGCCCGUCCUGCUUCCACUCGGCCGACGGCGAGGAGGGCUGGUCCCCAUGGGCCGAGUGGACCCAGUGCUCUGUCACCUGUGGGCCUGGUACCCAGCAGAGAGGAAGGUCCUGCGACGUCACCAGCAACACCUGCCUGGGCCCCUCCAUCCAGACGCGGGCCUGCAGCCUGGGCAAGUGCGACCACCGCAUCCGGCAGGAUGGCGGCUGGAGCCACUGGGCGCCCUGGUCCUCCUGCUCCGCGACCUGUGGGGUCGGCAACAUCACGCGGAUCCGUCUCUGCAACUCGCCGGUGCCCCAGAUGGGGGGCAAGGGCUGCAAAGGCAGUGGCCGUGAGACAAAAGGCUGCCAGGGAGCCCCGUGUCCAAGUGAGUGGGACGAGGCGGGUGGGCAUGGGCACGUGGGGGCAGCUGGGACCAGGGCUGGGCAGAGGGCAGGGGGCACCUCAGAGGCGGGGCGGGCGGCUCACCCCUGCUUGUCCCCACAGUGCGCCCUGGUCACCGACGUCUGCUUCUCCACGAGCAGCAAGUCCCAGCGCUGCGUCAACACCGACCCCGGGUUCCACUGCCUGCCCUGCCCGCCUCGCUACAAGGGCACCCAGCCCUUCGGGGCAGGCCUGGAGGCCGCGCAGACAGAAAAGCAGGUGUGCGAGCCCGAGAACCCGUGCCAGGACAAGACCCACCGCUGCCACCGGCACGCCGAGUGCAUCUACCUGGGCCACUUCAGCGACCCCAUGUACAAGUGCGAGUGCCAGACGGGCUACGCGGGCGACGGGCUCAUCUGCGGGGAGGACUCGGACCUGGACGGCUGGCCCAACAAGAACCUGGUCUGUGCCACCAACGCCACCUACCACUGCAUCAAGGACAACUGCCCCCUGCUGCCCAACUCGGGGCAAGAAGACUUCGACAAGGAUGGCAUCGGUGACGCCUGCGACGACGACGAUGACAACGAUGGCGUCAGCGACGAGAAGGACAACUGCCAGCUCCUGUUCAACCCGCGCCAGUUCGACUACGACAAGGACGAGGUGGGGGACCGCUGCGACAACUGCCCGCAGGUGCACAACCCCGCCCAGAUCGACACCGACCACAACGGCGAGGGCGACGCCUGCUCCGUGGACAUCGACGGCGACGACGUCUUCAAUGAGCGCGACAACUGCCCCUAUGUCUACAACACGGACCAGAGGGACACGGACGGCGAUGGUGUUGGCGACCACUGUGACAACUGCCCUCUGGUGCACAACCCUGACCAGGUCGACGUGGACAACGACCUGGUGGGGGACCAGUGUGAUGACAACGAGGACAUCGACGACGACGGCCACCAGAACAACCAGGACAACUGCCCCUACGUCUCCAACGCCAACCAGGCCGACCACGACAGCGACGGCCGGGGCGACGCCUGCGACUCGGACGACGACAACGACGGGGUGCCCGAUGACCGUGACAACUGCCGGCUGGUCUUCAACCCCGACCAGGAGGACGCGGACGGUGACGGGCGGGGCGACGCCUGCAAGGACGACUUCGACAACGACAGCGUCCCCGACAUCGACGACGUGUGUCCCGAGAACAGCGCCAUCAGCGAGACCGACUUCAGGAACUUCCAGAUGGUGCACCUGGACCCCAAGGGCACCACACAGAUCGACCCCAACUGGGUCAUCCGCCACCAGGGCAAGGAGCUGGUGCAGACGGCCAACUCGGACCCCGGCAUCGCCGUGGGCUUCGAUGAGUUCGGGUCCGUGGACUUCAGCGGCACCUUCUACGUGAACACGGACCGGGACGACGACUACGCCGGCUUCGUCUUCGGCUACCAGUCCAGCAGCCGCUUCUACGUGGUGAUGUGGAAGCAGGUGACCCAGACCUACUGGGAGGACCAGCCCACCCGCGCCUACGGCUACUCGGGUGUGUCCCUCAAGGUGGUCAACUCCACCACGGGCACCGGCGAGCACCUGAGGAACGCGCUGUGGCACACGGGGAACACGGCGGGGCAGGUGCGGACACUGUGGCACGACCCCAAAAACAUUGGCUGGAAGGACUACACCGCCUACCGGUGGCACCUGACACACAGGCCCCGGACGGGCUACAUACGGGUCUUGGUGCACGAAGGGAAGCAGGUCAUGGCAGACUCGGGACCCAUCUACGACCAAACCUACGCGGGCGGGCGGCUGGGCCUGUUCGUCUUCUCUCAAGAAAUGGUCUAUUUCUCGGACCUCAAGUACGAGUGCAGAGACGUGUGACCCGGACGCGCGUGUGCCGCACGCACCGCAGAUGCUGUGACAGCGUCCCCGUCCCCGGCUUCUCUCUCCGGCAGCGUCUCUGACCUUGACCUUAACUUCGAGUGGCUCUUCACCUCCUUCAACCCCAAGCCCAAGUGCCCCCAGAGGGCAGAUGCCAAUGGGCCCCGAGGAGGGACGCCCAGCCCGCCAGGAAGCAGUGAUGGCCCACGAGACGACGUGGCGCGAUGGCCGCCAUGGCACUGCUUCUCCUUCGUGUAGAGAGAAGGACGUGCGUGUGGAACGUGUGACUGCCGACCGUGCGUGCGCGGAGCGGAGGGCACCCUGUGCGUGAGACGCUGCUGUCACUCAGGCCUCGUGCCCAGCCGCCGCUGCCCCUGUGGCGCUGCCCACGCUCGCGUCACGUUAGCUCCCACAGGAAGAGGCUCCCUCCUGUCUGAAGGGGGCGUGGCCGGGCAAGGCAAACCCCUCUCCUAAUCCUCCCUACAGUGACAGCCCCCUCAGCAGAGAGAGAUGGAUCUGCCCAGGAGGGGCCAUCCUGCCCACUGGCUGGCACACGGGCCAGGUGAGGCCUGGCGGGGCCCUCACGGGGCUGCUCGAGCUGUCAAGGACUCGGGAGCUACCGGUCGCCACCUGCCCGCGUCUGACCCGAGUGCUCCCCUGGCUUCUCUCCCACCCCUGCCCCGAGGCCAGGCAGGCAGAGAUGGGCAGCGCCCGCCGGCGCCCGACUCCCAGUCAGGGCUCUGAAGCCAGGCCGUCGCCUGCACCGGAUCGGGUGACGCGUUUCACCGAGGCUCCAGUGACACACGCCGUGCCUGUAUUUAUUGAAGGAGACAGAAGGCAGUUCCUCCAGGGACUGACCUGACAUCUGUCAGGGCUCACGGAGGGCGUGUGAGGUCCAGAAGCACCUGAGACAAGGGCGGUUACAGCAGAUCUUCCUGUCAGAACACGAGGCUCGAUAAUUUAUGUUGUCAGACAAAGCGUGCUGUAAAAUGCGGUAGAAUAAACAGAUGAUGACGAGC